CUGAACCGUCUGAGAAAAGCCAUUUUGUUGUGCUAGCUAGCUUCAUGGUGAAAAAAAGCCAGCAGUAAUAUGGGUUUGUUAUGUCAGCGCUAACUAUGCCGCUUUUAGGGGUUUGUUUACUGUCGCAAAAUACAGUAAUUAAACUCGUGGAAGCCUGUAAGUAGUGGACAGGGACAUGGACUAGCCUGUAAAGCUACAGCUUCUGGGGAGAAGACGCAAACUGCUCGCUGAAGUGUGCUGCAGGUUCAGAUAACAUAAUGUUAGCUAGCAGUGUGUUUACUUAGCUGGAUGUAGUUAUGUUCUCGGAUUAAUUCAUCUCCCGUUAAGUCACUUUUUUGCCUGUGAAUGUGUUUUAAAUAGGCUAGCGAUUGCCUGUGCUGUCAACCAAAGACAAGUAGCUCAAUAAAGAGGGAGUGCCGCUGACAGCGAAUAAAAACAGCCCCAGCAGUAAGUUAGCAAAACAGUUGAACUAUACAGCGUUAAGCCAAAGCGCUAAUCUGAUAAUGGCAGAGGACACCCGACAGGACAAGAGGGCCAGCUUCACUGCUAUAACGGAGCACAGCGCCAACGGGAUGGCCAGGACCUCCGCUGUGGCCUCAGGAAAAACCGGCACGUCAAAGAAACUAGUGAUCAAAAAUUUCAAAGAUAGGCCAAAACUAGCAGAGAACUACACUGAGGACACGUGGCUGAAGCUGAGAGAUGCGGUGGGUGCCAUCCAGAACAGCACCUCCAUCAAGUACAACCUGGAGGAGCUCUAUCAGGCAGUGGAGAACCUGUGCUCGUAUAAAGUCUCCCCGACUCUGUACAAGCAGCUACGGCAAGUCUGUGAAGAUCAUGUGCAGGCCCAGAUCCACCAGUUCAGAGAAGAGUCUUUGGACAACCUUUCCUUCCUGAAGCGAAUGAAUCGUUGCUGGCAGGACCACUGUAGGCAAACUAUUAUGAUCCGGAGCAUCUUUCUCUUCCUGGAUCGUACCUAUGUGCUUCAGAACUCUCUGCUACCCUCCAUCUGGGACACUGGUUUGGAGCUGUUUCGCACCCACAUUGUGAGCGACAGUGCCGUUCAGAAGCGAACAGUGGAGGGCAUUUUGGAGCAGAUUGAACUGGAGCGAAAUGGAGAGACUGUAGACCGCAGUCUGCUUCGGAGCCUGUUGGGCAUGCUGUCAGACCUGCAGGUUUACAAAGACUCCUUUGAGGAGAGAUUUUUGACUGAGACCAAUCGUCUGUAUGCAGCAGAGGGACAGCGUCUGAUGCAGGUACAAGACCUGCUGGACUUCAAAGACAAGAUGGACAAUGUAGCACAGAGCUGCUUUGCACGCAAUGAGAGCUUCAUCAAUGCCAUGAAGGAGGCAUUUGAAACUUUCAUCAACAAGAGGCCCAACAAGCCUGCAGAGCUUAUCGCGAAAUAUGUGGAUUCUAAGUUAAGAGCUGGGAACAAGGAGGCUACAGAGGAGGAGCUAGAGAGAAUACUGGACAAGAUAAUGAUAAUAUUCCGCUUCAUACACGGAAAAGAUGUGUUUGAAGCUUUUUAUAAGAAGGACUUGGCCAAGCGUCUGCUGGUUGGCAAGAGUGCUUCUGUUGAUGCUGAGAAGUCCAUGCUCUCCAAGCUCAAACACGAAUGUGGAGCGGCAUUUACCAGCAAGCUUGAGGGGAUGUUCAAGGACAUGGAGCUGUCCAAAGACAUCAUGAUCCAGUUCAAACAGUAUAUGCAGAACCAGAGUGAGCCAAGCAACAUAGAACUUACUGUGAACAUCCUCACUAUGGGCUACUGGCCUAAGUAA